CAAAGCUUGAUCGGGGAGCUUGUCGUCUGCUACGCUAUGGCUCCCAAUGUAAACCAUAUGUUUUCACUGUUAAUAUUCACUUUAGUGUCUGUCGCUUCUUUAUAUGGUUACAAAGUUGAGAAGUAUGGAUUACUGAUGCCUGAUGUGCAUCCCAACAUGCCGGAGCUUUACCUGUGUACUCCUAUCAGGAUAAACUUCACCACAAACUACUACAUUGUGGGAUUUGAGCCCAACGCCACGAUGCAGACGGCUCAUCACAUGCUGCUCUAUGGCUGUACAAAGCCUGGGAGUAUGAAGGAGGUCUGGAAUUGUGGAGAAAUGGCUAGUAGUAGUGAGAACAGUGCUUGGGAGACUGCCUCGGUGUGUGCCUCAGGGUCCACGAUUCUUUACGCUUGGGCAAAAGAUGCCCCGAAACUGGAGCUUCCCCCCGAAGUAGGCUUCAAGGUCGGAGGUCAUUCUGCCAUUCAGUAUCUAGUGUUGCAAGUGCACUACGCCACGGUGGACAAGUUCAAAGGCAUAGGUCAUCAUCACCAUUACGACUUGCCAUCUCCAAACUCAAUUUACGGAGGGCAAAUGCAAAUGCACAAAAAACAUGGUCAUCAUAAUGAAAUGUCAACCAACUCUAUACCUGAUGGUAGCACUGAUGAUUCUGGAGUGUUUCUCUACUACACUGAGCGACCGAUGAGCAAGUUGGCUGGAGUGUAUCUACUGGGCACUGCAGGGAUGAUACCACCUAUGUCUGAGGAACACAUGGAAACUUCCUGUGUGAUCAAGGAGAACAAGACAAUACAUCCGUUUGCCUUCCGUACACACGCACACGGCCUCGGUAAAGCCGUGUCCGGGUACCUAGUGACUACGGACAGUCAGGGCCAACACCACUGGACUCUGAUAGGCAAGAAAAGUCCUCAACUGCCCCAGAUGUUCUACCCAGUAGCCAACACUGUCACUGUAUCAGAGGGAGAUAUACUGGCUGCCAGAUGCACAAUGGUCAGCAACAGAAAGUCCAUCACUUACACUGGACCGACAAACAAAGACGAGAUGUGCAACUUUUACAUCAUGUAUUACGUUGAAGAAGGCGAACCAUUGGACCAGAAGUAUUGCUUUUCCCGGGGUCCUCCCUUCUAUUACUGGAACUCUGAACUCAACAACAUCCCUGACAAAGACGCCUCAACCCUGGACUAAACCUCAACGUAAUCGGAGAAAACCUUUGGAUCGAUCAUAAGUGUGCAACUACAGGUAUUUUCAGCCUGAAAAUUUUGUAAGAUUAACUCUUGACUUCUUUAAGUCAGACAUUUUGUAAAAGCUGACCGUAUUUUACAGUUGAAAUAUUAAGGUUUAGUUUUUCACAUUUGGAAAAAUCAAAUUUUUUAUACAGCUGGUUGCCGAUCCAUUGGUUUUGCAGUUCUACAUUCCUGACCAUUCCCAUUGUCUUCCUUAUCUAUCCUACUUAAUCAGUAUCUUGUACAUAAAACUCAAUUUCCUGAGUGUUAACUGCUAUACUAUGGGACUUUACUGGAACUUUAACGGUGGUACAAAAAAGGACAAGGUUUAAUAGUGUGUGGUACACUCAAACUCGCAACUAAAACACAACAAAUUUUGUUUAAUGUUUACAUAACUUUGAUGAUAACUAAAACAACAUAAAGAAUCUUAAACUUUAUUUAUUUAAGUAUUCUAUCCAUUCAAAUGUAAAUUUGGUUAAUUUCUUUUAUCAAUUGACUAGUCACCAUUAUGGUUCAACAGAUUUUCUUAGUGUUGUCGAAAAUAUCUAUAUCAUAGAAACUUUGAACUUUUUUGUACAAAACCACCUCAACACUGUAUAUCAAUUAUUCUCUCACAAUGAUACAAAUAGUGAAUACUUAAUAUAAUAAUUUGUCUACUAUAAAAUAAACUUAAAAGUGUGUAAAUAAUUUAGUUCAGUAAAAAGUGGUUAAAAGUCUGCUUUCAACGAAGCCAGUUUUCAUUUUGAGUUACGACCAGGUCAUUGUGGCUAAUUAUGUUCCAUUGAUAUUUCAAUUUUCACAGACAUAGCGAAAACAAACAAUUAUGCAUAAAUAGCAUGUAUUGGAGACUUGUGGGAUGGAAAUAAAUUAUUGAAGAAAGCAGAAUUUUAAACCACCGAACCCGCUACAUUUGUGGCUAUACAUUGAUAGCGUAGUGGUGUGAUGGAAUUGUAAAGAAUGUGGUUUACGUUUACCUAUUAAUAUCCUGUAUAGUAAUUGUUUAAACUAUAAACAAAGUAAUUGUUUGGAAAUUGUUCGUAAUUCAUUAUAAAUCAUGAUUAGAGAAGACUCUUACUUGUCAAAUACAUAUUGUGAAGAGAUACUAUGAUUGAUAAAGAUUUGAAAGGCUAAAAUCUUUAGAUGUAUGAAGACUUCCUAGUUUUCUUGUAUGGUCGCCAAUUUUGCAACAACUUUCUCCGUGUUUUAAAAACACACAUACUUUGGCAGCUAGUUUCAGUAAAACCCUGUGUUGUAGAUGUUGGAUUGCAAAGAGUCUGCUGUAUAUGAGGUUAUUCAUUAUUUCAUAUACAAAAGGCUUGUGUUUUAUGAUUACCAUAUAGAUUUAUUUUAAAUUGUAUUGGAAACACACAAAAUCUAGAGCAACUAAAAAAAAAACACUUUUGAAGAUGAUUGAGGUACAUUUUGUGUAUUUUUAAUACAAUUUGAAAUGAAACUAGUUUAUUUAAGUUAUUAAAAAACCUUCAUUCAAUUUUAGAUCAAAUAUUGUCUGUCUACUUAACUUGUUUUACUUAUAUUUAAGAUGUAUAAAAUAUUAUUAUUUCCUGAAUCUCAAUCCAAUCAAAAACAAAUGUAGGUAUUUUUUUAUACAUUGCUGAAACAGACAUGUUAACAUUAUUACAAUUCCAUAUUUGUAGUUGAAGUAUAUAUUUUUGUAAUUUAUCAUUUCCAUCUAUACUGUAAAUCUUAUUGUUCAAAUUCAAAACAUUCCUAGUAAUACACUAAGUAAUUGUCCUCUUUUUAGGUUGUGUUUAAGUCUGUUAUGCAAAAGUUUUUUUUUAUUUUUUUUUAGUAUGACUAAGCUUGUUUUAUUAGUCAAUUUUAACCUUUUGAGUACUUAAUUUUUAAUUGUCGUCCAGUAGGCUAUAGAAAAUGUUUAAAGUAUUUUAUAUAUGAAUAAAUUAUGCUGUUUCGUUUAAUUUUUUAAGUAUUGUGUGAUAUUUUUAAACUAGUUAUUUUAGUUGAAAUAAGUGUUGAUUUUGUAUAUUAAUUUAUUUUUUUAGGUUGGUUUAUAUUUGGUUUUUAUUUUGUACAGGGCGGUUUUGUGAUUAUUUUUAGAAAUUAAGGUUGUGCCCUACCUCUUAGAUUGCCAAGAAGAAAGUGACAUAGGUCAAACGAAAAGAGAGAUUUUUUCACUUGCAGGGAUUAUGAGCCUAGUGAACUGGUUUUGAUGGAAUAAAGAAUCUACAAAAUUCUGACUUUUUGAGCUGUAGCCAUGUGUAACUUUUAAAAUCUUAUACUUAAAGCUUGGUAAAAAACUCAAUUCUAAACAAGUAAACAGGGGAAAAUGUCACUACUUUAUGACAUAUUAAGUUUAGUUCAAUACAUUUUGCACAAUCUAAUUCUGCAGCUAGAGUAGAAUGCAAUUUUUACAAAGACAUUUAGUUUAUUCCAUGGGACUCCUAUGUCUAAAACAUCACAGCAUGUUUUUUUUAGGAUUUUAAGGCUAUUUUAUGUUAGUAUUGUAAAUUUUAUAUUGUUUGCACUCAAUCCUCAAUUUUCCUUUGUCACCUUUUUCCUUCAAGUUUGUUUUUGUAGAAUUUAAAUUUCUAAAUUAAUAUAACAGAACAAUUAUUAAAUAUUGAACAAACUCUGCUUUUGGACUUGUAAAGUUGAUAUGUAACAAAUAGUAGGAGUGCAAAGGCUUAGGAUUUAAUUUUGGAGGAAACGUAUGUUAUUUUAAAUUACAACUUUGUAUUAUUUUUAUUUUACUAAUGUGAUGAGGUAUUAUUUUAUUUUUGAUUAAUAAGAACGGGGAUUCAAUAGCUUGCUACGAAUCUCAAGCUAACAAUCAAUCCAACUGCACAAUCUCAGCUACAAAUCUCAGCUAGGUAAAGACUGCAACAAUUCCUCAUCCCCUUUAGAAUUUAGAAUUUAGUUUUUACUUACUUUUAACAAUCACUGUCUUAAUUUAAAAACAUCACAACUAUAUUGUUAUAUUUACUUUAUUUAAGUGGACUGUUUAAUUACAUAAAAGUUUUUUAUAUAGUUACUUAAAUUAAGUAUAAAAAUAUCAAUACAAAGAACAAUUUAUUUCUCAAUUAAAAGUACCUAUCUUACUUACUAAUGUUAUAUUUAAAUGAGUGCUUGGUAAAAAAAACCAUUAUGAACAACAUGUCAAUGCAGAAAAAUAUCUGUACUAAAUGGAAUCAAGUAUUUGAACAAGGUACCUUUUGUUAAAUUUAUUUGUUCUUUUGUUAGGUCAUGCUCAUGAUGAAAAACAAUGAAUAUGUUUUAUGAAAUGUUGGAUCUAGAAUGAAUUUUAUAUAUGUGCGCUGUGCGGACCAAUUAUGGAUGUCUACUAAUAUGUUAAGAUAAGUAUAAAUUUUAUUUUUGGAUUCUUGUCUAGUGUUGACAAAAGGAUUUUUCUUUUCUCGAUCUUAUAAAUGAAAUCUUCAAAACAAUGUCCAUACAGUAAUUAACUAGUAGAAACAAAUGUUGAUGUUAAGGAAGAUGUGUUAUAUAUAAACACAAAAUUUAAAUUAGAAUUGUUGCAUCUAUCUUUCCAACAAAACAAAUGUAUGCUACAAACAACAAGGCAAUAUCCAGAAACGGAAAGUGAGCUGGUCUAGUGGUUAGAGAGUGGAACUUCGGUUCCUGGGGCCUCUGGUUCAAAUCCCGCCCAAUCACCAACGGAUUUUAUCUAAGUGAUAAUGCCGUUACCCCUAGGUCUAGUCUGAAGUAAUGUGAAAAACAAUUCUGGGCUUGUGCCUAGUGUCCUAGGAAAAAAAUAAAAAUAAAUAUCUAGAAACAAUUGAUGAAUAUUUCAGAAAAUAAGGCAUCUUGAAACCUUUGUUGAGUGUAAAUGUUAAUCUAUCAAAUGUUUAUUUAAAUCAAUGACUGUUGUGAACUGAAGUACGUAUCAUUAGUUGUAGAAAAUGGCACAAAAACUUACACAAAACCAAAACUGUCACUAUAAUUAGUUUUUCAGUAUGCAAUCAUAUUUUUGAACUCAAACACUAUUUUUUAUAUGCAAGCUCAAACAUCACUUUAUAGUCAGUACAACCUAUGGUAGUUGACGUUAAAGGCAUUCUAACUUAUGGUCAUCAGUAUUUUCUGUAUACCUAAUUUGUAUUAUUAUGUAAAGUCACAACAAAUUAUCACAUUGUCGUUUUAAAGGUUUUAUGUAAAUGUAAACAUUUCAAAAUAUCCUAAUUGGAAUGAAUUCCUUUAAUUUGUUUUUAGACUGUAUUGUAGUGGUUAAUCCACAUAAGAAAUAAAUAUUUUUUGUUUGCCGCCAAAAAUAGCAAAUAAAGUAUAUUCUACUAA